UUGAUAGCGUCUGUUACAUAUUAGGUGCACAGCUAUACUUCGAUCAUGAAAUGCUUUUGGCGAUUGACCAUGUACAUUAGUAGCGAUCGUAUUGUGUCAACGAGAAGUGGCUUUUACGCUAUUUAUUAAAUAGACAAGAUGAAUGCAUUAAACUUAAUGCUCGUCACGAUUGCCGUGGUGGCGCACGUCGUUUCUGGUUAUUACGUUAGGUAUUACGAUGACAACGAAGAAAACGAUCAGAUCGUCGGCGGGUUCAAGGCGAAACGGGGCAACUAUCAGUUUUUGGCGGCUUUGCUGCGAGAUGACGAAAGUUUUUGUGGCGGAUCGCUGAUAACACCAAAUCACAUUCUGACGGCCGCUCACUGCGUCGACUAUAUCAAGCAGGCCGAUUAUGCCCUAUUAAGGUCUAUGCUGAACACGACGACCAUCCAUCCAGCCGACGAUGGAGCCGUCCACAGGGGCGUAAAAAAGAUAGUACACCACAGGAACUACAAUUCGGAAUCAAGCCUCAACGAUAUUGCUAUUGUGACGUUGGACUCGCCUGUCGUGGGCAUCACGGUUAUAUCACUACCUCGAAUCGGCACCACCUUCAGCUAUGCCGGCUUGUGGGCCACUAUUAUUGGAUUCGGUCGGACGCAAAAGACGUUGGCCGAUGAGGAAUCUAGCGGCCGCGGGUCCAACAAGCUGCUGGAAUCAUCCGUAAAGGUCAUCACCAAUUCUCUGUGCUCCGCUAUGUACGUCGAUACGAGAAUCAGCAGCUCAAUGAUAUGCGCCCAGGCUGACGGAACUGACACCUGUCAGGGUGACUGGGGACCGUUGAUUGUUCAUGGAACACAAAUCGGCAUCGUCAGCUGGGGUUACGGUUGUGCCGAUCCGAAAUACGCCGGAGUAUACACGCGACUGACGUUUUUCUACAGCUGGAUCCGAUCUAACAUUCUUUGAAUUUCCCCAAAUUCAAGCUGAGUUCAUAAGGAUGUGGCAGAGAAUUUUGUCCACCAAGUCGUAUAGCAACGUUGGAUUCAAUACAUUGACCAACGUUGAAUAUAUAAAUACAGUUGCACUAGCCACAA